AUGCCCACCCUCAACCUCCAAGGCGUAAACCUUUCCUACACCACAACCGGCACCGGCCCACCCCUCCUCCUCAUCGCCGGCGCCCCAGGAAACAGAUCCGUAUUCCGCAAAGCCACCAACCCCCUCUCCGCCCACUUCACAGUAACCACCUACGACCGCCGCGGCUACUCCCACAGCACUCCCCUCGGCCCCCAAGACAACGCCAACCGCCUCGCAGCCGACGCCUCAGACGCCGCCGCGCUAAUCACGCACAUCUCCGGGGGCAAGGGCGCCUUCGUCUUCGGCACAAGCUCCGGCGCCAUCGUCGCCCAGCAAGUCCUCCUGCACUAUCCCGACGUGGUAAGAAUGUGCAUCGCGCACGAACCGCCCUCGCUCGCCGUGCUGCCUGAUCCCGAACAAGCAAGCGCUUUCUUCACAGACGUGCUGUUUCCGGUGUACCGCGCGCAGGGUCCUGGGCCUGCACUCGCGCUGUUCUUCUCACUGCUGCCCGAGGAGGAGAGGAGUGUGGCGGGGGAGGUUAUGUCCUGUGGCUCUGAGGCGACGGCGGAGAUGCGCGGCGAUGUUGUGACGUGGUUUGAGCGCGAGGUUUGUAUGUAUCCGAUGUCGGGGGUGGAUGUUGAGGGGUUGAGGGCGAGGAGGGGGCAGUAUGUUGCUUGUUUGGGGAGGGCGACGAGGGGGACGAUGGGGGCGGGGCCGACGGAGGUGUUGGGGGAGAAGGUUGGAGGGGGGGUGAUGGAGAUUGAGGGCGGGCAUUUGGGGUAUUAUACGCAUCCGGUGGAGUUUUCUGGGGCGCUGGUGGAGAAGCUGUUGGGUGAGGGGAGGGUUGAGGAGGCUGUAUGA